AUGAGUUCCCUACGGUUCCUCGACCUCGUCAAGCCCUUCGUGCCGUUCCUCCCUGAGGUUCAGCAGCCCGAAACCAAGAUUCCUUUCAACCAGAAGUUGAUGUGGACGGGCUUGACGCUCCUGAUCUUCUUGGUCAUGAGCCAAAUGCCGCUGUACGGCAUUGUCUCGUCAGACACGUCGGAUCCGCUAUACUGGCUGCGCAUGAUGAUGGCUAGUAACAGGGGUACCUUGAUGGAACUCGGUAUUACGCCCAUCAUCUCCUCUGGCAUGGUCUUCCAGCUCCUUGCUGGCACCCACAUGAUCGACGUCAACCUCGACCUGAAGUCGGACCGUGAGCUCUACCAGACGGCCCAGAAGCUCUUCGCCCUCAUCCUCUCGGUCGGCACCGCCACCGUCUACGUCUUCACUGGCCUCUAUGGCCCGCCGAGCGAGCUCGGCGCGGGCAUUGUUUUCCUGUUGAUUCUUCAGCUGGUUGUCGCCGGCAUGAUCGUCAUCCUCCUCGAUGAGCUCCUCCAGAAGGGGUACGGUCUUGGCAGCGGUAUCUCGCUGUUUAUUGCCACCAACAUCUGCGAGUCUAUCAUGUGGAAGGCUUUCUCACCGACCUCGAUCAACACUGGCCGUGGCCCCGAGUAUGAGGGUGCCGUCAUCGCCCUCUUCCACCUGCUCAUGACCUGGCCCAACAAGCAGCGCGCUCUCCAGGAAGCUUUCUACCGCCAGAACCUGCCCAACAUCAUGAACCUGCUGGCCACCCUCGUCGUCUUCGCCGCCGUGAUCUACCUUCAGGGCUUCCGCGUCGAGAUCCCGGUCAAAUCGUCGCGCCAGCGCGGUGCCCGUGGCUCGUACCCCGUGCGCCUCUUCUACACCUCGAACAUGCCCAUCAUGCUCCAGUCGGCUCUGUCUUCCAACAUCUUCCUCAUCAGCCAGAUGCUGUAUAGCCGCUUCUCCGAGAACCUCUUGGUCCGCCUCUUCGGUGUCUGGGAGGCCAAGGAUGGCUCCGCGCAGCUGUCUGCCGUUUCCGGUCUCGUCUACUACAUGUCGCCGCCGCUCAACUUCAAGGACGCGUUGCUGGACCCUAUUCAUACCGCAGUCUACAUCGCCUACAUGCUCACUGCUUGCGCUGUCUUCUCCAAGACCUGGAUCGAGGUUUCGGGCUCCAGCCCCCGCGACGUUGCCAAGCAGCUCAAGGACCAGGGCCUCGUCAUGGCUGGCCACCGUGAUCAGAGCAUGUACAAGGAGCUCAAGCGCAUUAUCCCGACUGCGGCCGCCUUCGGUGGCGCCUGCAUUGGUGCUCUCUCUGUCGCCAGCGACCUCAUGGGUGCGCUCGGCUCCGGCACUGGAACUCUCCUUGCCGUUACGAUUAUCUACGGUUAUUUUGAGAUUGCCGCCAAGGAAGGCGAUCUGGCAGGCAUGAAGGGUAUGAUCAUGGGUUGA